AUGACUUGCCUACUUUUCUGCACUAACAGUCACCUUUCACAAUACGAAGUUCCCGGUAUGGCACCACUAAAUAUAAAAUUUUUAAUACUUUUAUGCUUUUUAAUAGCAUUUAGUUUAACCGCUUACGCACAGCGUUGCCGACCGCUCGCUAAUCCUACAUGCGGCGGGCAAGCUGAUCCAGGCAGAACUGGUCCUGGCUGUGUGGCGGGCACUCGCUGGUCCUACAACCCGAUCACCAGACAGUGCGCAGCCUUCACCUAUCAGGGUUGCGAUGGCAAUCCGAAUCGCUAUUGUUCGCGAGCUGCAUGUGAACGAAAUUGUGUUGCAGGACCAAGAGUAGUUGUUGGAUAA